CGGCAUUAGACAAUAGACAGCAUACUUUGAGAGAUGAACUUUUUUAAAGUCCCGGCAAGAUCAGCUUUAGACGGCAAGAAUCCGCCAUUAAUUUCUCGCUCAAGCUAACACUAUGAUACCAACUCGCUCAAGCUUCAUAUUCCUUACUAUCUCCUGUUUCUGAAUUACUCUCUAUACUAAGCGCAUUCGUCUUGGAAAGAAGUUAAGGUUUUGUAUCUUGUCAUAGAUGGAUAUGGAUUGUGGACUUAGAAGGUUGCCCGGCUCCUCUUUAAGCAGAUUCAAACCGGAGAGGGAGGUCAAUUUUUCUACCGUUCAACAAUCUUUAGAUAUUCCAGACAUUCACAAGGAUGCCCCUUCAAUUACACACUCUCCUAACCGUGGUACUUAUUCUCCUACUGUCGACUAUGAUCCUAUUCAUAAGUACCUUAUACAGUUUCUAUUGGAGGAAGAGAGCAUUGAUGGGAACAACCCAGACAUGUCUUUUGAUCCCAGUGCUCUUAGUGCUGUUGAGAAUUUCUUCCAUGAAGCCUUGUGUUACAACCCUUCACCGUCUCGUGACAGCAAUGCAGGAAGCUCCGGGUAUGAUGUUGAGCAUCAUGAUCUCAAUAACUCUGACACACUCUGUAUUGUUGAUCCUAGAGAAUCUAAAUCAUCUGUGGCAAGUGAUCAUCCCGAUGUUCCCAUCGAGCCAUCAUCAAGUCGGGCUAACUCUGACAGUGCAAUGGUUUCUCAAAUGGAUGCUUUCCUAAGUGCUAACUCGGUUCCAAAGAUAUCUUGUAAUGAUGAUAUUGGGUCCAUCUUGCAAUUUAAGAAAAGUGUCCUUGAUGCUAACCGAUUCUCUCAAGCUGAUAAACACUUGGUUAUUGAUUUGGAUAAAUACUCAGUUUCUCCACACGGUGAGGAAUUUACCAGAGAUUAUGUUUUCAAAAUACAGAAGGGCCUUUCAGCUGAUCUGUGUAUAGGAAAGAAACAUUACCAUCCAGACGAAAGUGGGUUAGACGAAGAAAGCAAAAGAAAGCACUCUGCAAUCUAUAAGGAGGAGGUUGACUUAUCGGAAGUGUUUGAUAAAGUUUUGCUGUGUACCGAUGAUAAUGAUGAUCCAUUUAAAGUCAGCACACAACAGAAAAGGAGAAGUGGCUGUAAGAGCCAUUUAAAGAAACGAAGCGAUGAUAGUGAAAUUGUGGAUCUAGAGUCUCUUUUGAUGGGCUGCGCACAAUCUAUUGCUGCUGCUAAUUAUAGGGAUGCAGCAGAUCAGUUACAGAAGAUAAGGCAGCACUCUUCACCUACCGGCGAUGCAAACCAGAGGAUGGCCAAUUAUUUUGCUGACGGUCUUGAGGCUCGACUGGCUGGAACUGGGACACAGCUGUAUUUGACUUCUCUCGAUAAAGCCAUACAUGUUGAGAUGCUAAAAUCCUACAUGUCUUCUUGGCCAUUUAUGAGAUUAUCAAUUUUCUGUGCAAAUAAAAUGAUUUAUGAAGUAGCGUCAAAAGGUGGAUCGCUGCACAUUAUAGAUUUUGGCAUUCUUCAUGGUAUCCAGUGGCCCACACUUAUUCGGGAUCUUUCACAAAGACCCGGUGGCCCUCCAAAACUUCGAAUAACAGGGAUUGAGCUUCCCCAACCUGGUUUUCGUCCAUCACAAAUGGUAGAGGAGACUGGUUGUCGUUUGGCAAAAUAUUGUGAGCGUUUUGGUGUACCAUUUGAGUACAAUGCUAUAAUAAUAACAAAUUGGGAGAGACUUAAGAUUGAUGAUUUGCAGCUUGUGAGUGGUGAGGUGAUUGCUGUGAACUGUUUGAUUCGAUUCGAACACUUAUUGGAUGAAACAGCAGUUGGUGCGGACAGCCCUAGGGAUGCUGUUCUAAACUUAAUCCGGGAAGUUAAUCCUCACAUAUAUACGCAAACCGUUACUUGUGGAUCUCAAAACUCUCCUUUCUUUAUAAGUCGGCUUCGAGGAGCUCUCUUCUUCUAUAGUGCUGCAUUUGAUUUGCUUGAUGCUACUUUACCGCGCCAUGCCAAUCAGAGACUGAAUUUGGAAAAAGAAGUUGUGGGACGCGAAAUAAUGAAUAUCUUAGCAUGUGAGGGAAAGGAAAGAUUACAAAGGCCUGAAACAUGCAAGCAGUGGCACUCUCGCAUCAUGAGGGCUGGGUUCAAGCCCAUGCUUAUAAACCCUACAGUUGCGAAGAAUUUAAGCCGCCGGGCUAGGGAGGGAUAUCACAAAGAUUUUCUGUUUCUGGAAGAUGGAAAUUGGAUAAUGCAGGGAUGGAAAGGUCGGAUUCUGGGCGGCACCUCUUGCUGGGUAGCUGGACGAGAGACUCACAACCUGUGAUAGUUAGGAUGGUAACUAUUGGUAAGUAGUGUUUCUCCACAUUGGGAACAUUAGAGUAACCUUUCAGGCAAUACUGCAAUUAUUAUUUCAUGUUUUCUUUGGUUUCCAUUUUUGUAUAACACCGCUUGCUAGUUAUUUCCAUGUAAGCUGUUUGAGAACAUCAUUCAUGGCGGUUCUCUAGUUCUGGAUUUUCUUAUUAAAAUAAGUGAGAUAACAUAUUAUGUUUGUCUAGCUUCAGACAUAAAUUUUGUGAAAAGCUUAGUCAUAUGUAAUAUGUUUUCAUGAAACUGCAUUAUCAAUAUUUUGGAUGUACUCAAAGAUAACACAUUCUCCAAUACUUCGCUUUUAACAAUAAGUUGGCAUCCAUUGAAGAUUCCUAGAUAAAUUUGUGGCGGUCUGUGGAUUAUGCAUGGAUAUUCUCUACUGAGAUUCCUCAUAGACUCAUUGUCAUAGAAAUAGGCAUGCAACAAUAGGAACCUAUUAAAGCAAUACCUCAUUGGUUGGUUAGGUGAACUGAUAAACUCACAAUAUGACACUUUAAUCGGGUGUUUUAUCUUACAUUUUAGGUGCAAAUUAUACCAACUCAUUGACUUCCAGUAUGCACGGGGCAUGGAAGCACAGACUGAGUUGGACCAUACAAACUCAUUCAGAUUUAGCUUUUCAUUUGGGUCAAAGAAGAAUUUAGACUUCAUUAAAGGAACCAGUCCCUGUCACACAAUUUGUGAGAGAAACUGUAGCAGUGAUGCAGGAAUACACUCAAUGAGGUAAGACCCGGCCAGUCUUCAUCACAGACUGCACCACCGCACCAUGUGUCUCUGCACCCACCGGCCACCGCACUGCUCCAGAAGAUUCAGAUUAAAGCCAGAUUCAGUAAGAGAGCAAACGGAAUUCCAUAUACCAGCAAUAACUCCGGCGAAGUGGGGAAGAGCUUGACAAUUGCGCCAGAGGCUAGGACACACCGAUAGCGAGGCUUUGGGUACCUGUGGAAAGGAAUGAGUUUCUUUGGUGUUAAAGAUGGCCUUUUUUUUAAUUACGGAGUGAUCGGCGUUAGUGCCAAGGAGGAAGUGGUCGCCGUUGAAGAUGGCCUUGUGAUUAGAGAGUCAAGGAAAACAGCUGUGUUGUUAACUUGUAAUAAGGGUACUAUAGUUAUCAAACCGAGAAAGGCCGCUCAAGUAGAGUAUAUUCUUCCAUGUUCUGAAUUCUGAUCUACUACAAUCUCUCUGCACAAGGUUUCUCUUUCUUCCAUGUUCUGAAUUCUGAUAUUCUGUAGUUUUUAUUUUACUGCAAUAUUACACAAGGUGGCGAAUUUCUGAGACUGAAACAAACGUCCGUUUGUGUUUAUUUGAAUUUUAAUGCCCAUAAAAUGUUAGGCAAAAAACCAUUACAAUUGUUCAUAUCAUUAUGUGCAGUCAUCUAUGCAAUACUUAUUAGUUAAUCAUUAAUCA